AUGUCAAAGUUGUCGGAUGCGAUCGCAGAUGGAGGACACAAAGUGGUCGGUUUUUGAACUGUUCUUCCGAUCGCUCACGACUUGUUUCAGACUGUUUUCCAACCGUUUCACUUUGAAAUGAAGAAUGCAAAAGGACUUAUCAGAAACAAACAAACCGAGGUGAGUGCACGGCGAAGAGGGCAGAUGAUGACGGACGGUCUUUUGCAGAUAAUCAACUACUACCCGGAGAACUUUGAAGAGUUGAGCAAAAUGAAAACGGAAACGUUUCCGAUCUUUUGGGAUUCGAAAUUAAUCAGCAACCCCGUGUUCGAAGCAAUUAUAAUGCCCGGAUUGAUGGGAGGACUCUUCAAUAACACUGCUCACAGUGGGUGCUUUUCAAGCAAAUCACAUGGAAAUAGUAUUGUUUCAGAAGUCAUCAGAGACACGAAACUGCACGGUGAAUUGAGAGCCAAAAAGUUUGACGUGGUCAUCCACGAACCAUUCGAGUUGACGGGAGUUUGUGAGUCUGAAACGCUUUGAAACAACCUUCCAGACACUCAAUUCAGAUCUUGCAAAUAUCCUCAAAGUCCCUCACAUCCCAGUUCUUUCAAUGGUUCGUUUGCACCUCGUUGAAUCUCUUUUCGGAAACCCUUCUCCACUUGGAUACAUCCCAGAAGGAGGCUCAACAAUGGCACCGCGAGCAGGGCUUUUGGAUCGAUUGAAUGACAUUGUCAAGUUGCACUGUAGCUAUAUCACAAUGUCAAGAAUGUGUGGAGAACAAGUGAGAUAUCUCGAGACAGCUCUGGGAAAACAGUUGCCAAACUGGCGGACGCUAGUGGCCGAUGCUCCGUUAAUGAUCGCCAAUUCCAAUCCGUAUCUGGAUUACGCGGUUCCGAGCACUGCUAAUAUUGUUCGAAUCGGUGGAAUGACGAUGGAUUUGGAGAAGCUGAGCAAAGUGGAGGCGUUGCCGGAAGAGUACGAGAAUAUUCUGAAGGAAAGAGAUUCGACGGUGCUCAUCUCUUUCGGCUCCGUUAUUAGAUCUUUCGAAAUGCCCGAUUACUUCAAGUGAGAAAAUUUUACAUUUAACACUUUUCAACUCAAACAAACUCUUAUCCUAUACAUUUCAGAGCUGGAAUAAUCAAAAUGUUUGAGAAACUUUCCAACGUCACCUUCAUCUGGAAGUAUGAAGAAGAUGACGUCGAGUUCCAGAAGCGUCUUCCAAAGAAUGUUCACUUGAAGAAAUGGGUGCCCCAGCCUGCUCUUCUUGCCGACAAACGUCUGAAAGUGUUCGUGACCCACGGAGGAUUGGGAAGUACGAUGGAGUUGGCGUACACUGGAAAGACUGCUCUCAUGGUCCCGAUCUUUGGAGAUCAGCCGCACAAUGCUCAGAUGCUCGCCAGGCACGGAGGAGCAGUCGCUUAUGACAAGUUCGACCUAGCAGAUGGAGACAAACUGGCGGCCGUUGUAAAUGAUUUGGUUACCAAUCCAAAGUGAGUCAUCUGGAAGGGAAAUUAGGUUUAUGUAAAAACUUUGAAGGUACCAAGAAAAUGCGCACACUCUUCUUGAGGUUUUAAGAAAUCAGCCGACUGAUCCAAAGGAGGAACUACUGAAAAAGUUGGAAUUUGCAAUCAAGUAAGCUAGAAACUUGAAUCUUAUCUAACUAUUAACUCCAAUUCCAGAUUUCCCAAAUUCCGCUCUCUGAAUCCGGCUCUCAGCACCGUCGGUUUCAUACAAUUCUACUAUUUGGACGCGCUGGCUGUGAUUGCUGUGUUCGCAGUGGUUUUCGCUUACUUCUCGUUUAAAUUCGGUGUAUAUAUGAUCUCAAAACUGCUCCGGUUGAAGCAAAAACAAGAUUGAUAGGUAUAUUGUAUACGUAUAUGAACUACAUAAAUUAUAUGACAUUAUACUGCAUGGUACAUAUCACUCUUGUGACGCCUUCUCCUUUUGGAUACUUUCUAUCACAAACCACGAAGUGACCCCCGGUUCUGCCCACUACAUUCGCUACAACGUACAGCCACUGGUCGGAGAAUAUAAAAGGGGAAAACGACUGGCGGACAGGUCAGUAAUCGGCUGCAAUGCAUGUGAAUUCGCUGAUUCUUCUCUUCCUUUUCCUGGCGGUCGGUCAUGUUUCCGCUUCAAAAAUUCUGAUAUUCAAUCCGAUGUUCGGGUUCAGUCAUGUGAAGUUUAUCAGUAAAUUGGCAGACAUCAUCGCUGAUCGUGGACACGAUGUGGUACGUUCGUGAUCUUUGAGAUUUCGGAGAAUUGUGCUUAUUUCCAGACUCUUAUCCAACCAUUCCACAACGCACUGAAGAACACGGAAGGGUUGGUGAAGAACAAAAACAUUACGAUUCUCAACUAUUAUCCGGACCACUAUGAAGAGUUGACGAAGACCGAGACACAGACGUUCCCGCUCUUCUGGGAUUCUGGAAUUAUGAACAACGCGAUCUUACAAAUAGUCACAUUGCCUUAUGUGCUGGGGGCGACAUUCAAGAAAACGGCGACUCAACUGCUCAGAGACGAAAAUUUACUGGAGGAUCUCAAGAAAAGACAAUUUGACGUUGUCAUUGCUGAAACGUUCGAGCUCACCGGAGUUUGUAAGUCUUUCCCGUCUAUCUUCUGACUCAAUCCGUUAGUUGACAGACCUGGCUCACCUCCUGGAGAUUCCUUGCAUCCCAAUCAUGUCCACAGUUCGCUUCCCAAUCUACAACAAGCUGUUCGGGCAACCAUCUCUCACGGGAUACGUCCCCCAAGUUGGAUCUGAGCUGGCCCAACAAGCCGGAUUCUUUGACAGGUUGAACGACGUUUACCGUAACUUCUGCGGGGAUAUCGCUCAAGAAUGGUUUAAUAAAUACCAGAACGACUUCAUCCAAGAAGCCAUAGGAAAACCCGUUCCGUUUUGGAAGGAUCUGGUGAAACAGUCGCCGGUCUACAUCACCAACUCCAAUCCGUAUCUAGACUUUGCGGUUCCCACAACUGCCACAGUGGUCCAUGUCGGCGGAAUCACUAUGGAUCUGCAGAAGAUGAGGAAAGUUGGACAGGUGCCGGAAGAGUACGAGAGCAUUUUGAGAGAGAAAGAUUCAACGGUCCUCAUCUCAUUCGGAUCGUUUAUCAGGUCUUAUGAAAUGCCGGAGGCAUUCAAAGCUGGGCUUAUCAAGAUGUUUGAGAACCUCCCGAACAUCACCUUCAUCUGGAAGUACGAGAAAGACGACGAGGAAUUCAAGAAGAGACUUCCGAGCAACGUACACUUGAAGAAAUGGGUGCCCAGCCUGCUCUUCUUGCUGACAAAAGUCAAAGUGUUUGUAACUCACGGCGGUCUGGGAAGUACGAUGGAAGUGGCGUACAGCGGAAAACCGUCCUUGAUGGUCCCGAUCUUCGGAGAUCAGACGAACAAUGCUCAGAUGCUCGCCAGGCACGGAGGAGCAGUCGCUUACGACAAAUUUGAACUACAAGACGGGGAGAAGCUGACUGCAGCAAUGAAUGACAUGGUUUCGAAUCCAAAGUAUGAGAGGAACGCGAAGAUUCUGCUGGAUGUACUCACGAAUCAACCAAUAGAUCCAACCACAAAUCUCAUAAAUCAUCUGGAGUUUGCUAUCAAGUGAGUAGAUCGAAAGUUUUAAAAGAACACUAAUUUCCAACUCUCCAGGUUCCCGAAUCUUCGUUCCCAAGUGCCUGAAAUCAGUGAUGCCGGGUUCAUUGCCUAUCACUACGUGGAUGUGAUUGUGUUCUUACUUCUGGUCGCUGCUGCCGGAGCAUACCUUUUCAGCAGACUUAUCCGAAGAAUCUCCAUUAGAAUUAUGAGUAAGAAACCGAAAAGUGAUUGA